AUGAACUCUUUAGCUUCAAACACGCCGCUAAAUGGCACUCCAGUGAGCGAGGUACCUGUCGUGAGCUCCGAGCCAGUGAACAUGUUCGAGACGAUGGUGGCCAAUCCUAUUAAAGUAUCUCGGUUACAGUCCAAUGGAGUUUUGACGGGACCUGCAGCUAAUACUAAGUCUAUCCACUACUCGCUGGCUAAUUUUAAUGUGUUCCAGUCGCUGCCCAAGGAAACGGCCAGAGGUGUAGACGAUCUGACGAGGAUGGAGAUGGCGUUGCUGAGUGGGAUACCGGAGGAGAUUAAGUGGUCAUUAAAAAAAUACCUUACAUAUAGUAACAAGGCGCCAUAUAUGAUCAGUUUACGGACAUUACCGGAUUUAUUGCCACUUUUCAAGACUUUUAUAUUGCCUUUGGAGCGUAUCGUGGAAGGUCUUAACAAAUCCUCCAUAUGUGAUUCAGAGGCAAUGGAUUCCUUACAAAUGGGCUUAAAUGCCUUGCUAAUCCUAAGGAAUCUGGCUCAAGAUACUGAUUCCGUACAGGUACUGGUCAAAGAUGUGGAAAUCAAAUCUUUCAUUCUUUUUAUUUUGAAGAAGUUUCAGUGUGUCGCCACAGGAGAUAGCAGGUGGCAAUUGUACGAAGGAAAUGCAACGUUUUUUAACGAGUUGACCCAUUAUACCCUUGACUUGAUGGAAGCGAUUUCCUCCUAUAUUGCACCGGCGAUGAAGGACGAUCAUUAUUUCCAAACGCUGGUUUCCAUCUUGAACUAUACAAAGGACAGGUACAUGGUUAUUUCUAUAUUAAGGUCUCUUUCGAGAUUACUGGUUAGAUCUAAGGCUAAUGAGGAAAGUGCAGCGGACAAUUUGGACCAUAAGACUCUUUCGUUGAUCGUUUCCUUUUUACUAGUAGAAUGUGACAGUGAGCUGAUUAUUGCUUCUCUGGAUUUCCUCUAUCAAUACAUUUUGCCCGGUUCUCAAAGAAUUAUAGAGUUAUUCAAGAGCAAGGAAUGCUCUUUGAUACUGGAGGCCACGCUGCCUAAUUUAUUAUCAUAUAAUAUCGCCACACCAGAUUACAAUCUUUUGCAAAAGCACAAGAUUAAGUUGAUAAAAAGGUUGAAGCCUCCUGCUCCCAAGGAGCCACCCAAUUUAUCGGAUGAUCUGUUCCAACAGCUUUUCAAACUUAACGAGCCCUUGAGGUCGACUGCUUGGUUGAGAUGUUGCUUUGAGCCCGUACAAGAAGCAGAAUUUACACAAAUAUCACUUUGGAGGUCUUACGAAUCUAAAUUUGGUCAGCCUGUUCGCGAAUCCGGGCGUAAACUGUUACCUGCCGUGGAAUUCAUCAAGAAUGUAUCGAAUGCUUUCAACAACGCUGCUGCCAUCGUAAUCACUGACCCGGUAACCGGCAAGAAAAGGUUUGUUAUCAAGGGCAUUCAACCAAGAUUUAAAGCUUUGGGGAUUGCAGACGGUGAAAGAGAAUCUCAAGUUCCCAUUUCGGCGUUAAAAUCCAAGUUUUUGAACGACUCUAAGGAAAUUACACCUGCGAGACAAAACAGCAUACCCGAGGUAAAAUUCCCUCAAGUACUGUCAGAUGUUUCUAAAGUGGCAUGUACUUUUUUGUGCCUUUUAUCCAACGACACAGAUGAUGGAGUUGGUUCCACAUUUUGUCAACGCAUCAGACCAUUGGUCCUACAUAAGUUGGCAGAUGUUCCACCUUUAACAUUAGCAUUGUCUGAAUAUAUGGAAAAUACGUCGGGGUUAUGA